AAAUUAAUAAAAAAAUGCUUCUCUCACAACACGACAACCAUAAAACGCAACCUUAACUCGUUCCUUCACUGUUUCCGGGUAUUUUUCUGGAAAAUUACUUACACUACUCUUUCUUUUUUGAUAAAAGAAAAAGACUUUCUUCACUUUGAUUAAUUAUUUUAUUUUCCUUUCCUUUCUUUCAAAUAUAGUAAUAACCAUUCCAUCCAUUCAUUCAUGCAUUGUUGCUUCUAAUUUCUCUGCUUUUCAAUACCCACAAACUCUCUCUCUCUCUCUCUCUCAUACACACACUUUCUUUGUGAAAUAAACGAGAUUUGGUAAAAGAGAUGGGUGAGACAGAGAACCACCAGCCACCGCCACCGGUGCAGGCACCUCCGGCGGGUCCACCGCCGCCUAAUCUAGCUCUUUCUAGAGGACCCAUUUGGAAUCCAGCUGAACAACUCUUGCAACUUCACUAUUGCAUCCACUCUAAUCCUUCAUGGCCGGAAGCACUUCUGCUGGGUUUUCAACACUACAUUGUGAUGCUUGGAACAACGGUUCUGAUUGCAACCACCCUGGUGCCUGCAAUGGGUGGGGACCCUGGUGACAAAGCUCGUGUGAUUCAGACAUUGUUGUUUAUGUCUGGGGUGAACACACUGCUUCAGACUUGGUUUGGGUCAAGACUUCCAACGGUGAUGGGUGGAUCGGUUGCUUUUGUUCUUCCGGUGUUGUCCAUUAUAAAUGAUUACACAGACAAAACAUUCUCUUCCGAGCACGAGAGGUUUACCUACACAGUGAGAACAAUUCAAGGAUCCCUUAUUGUUUCUUCUUUCGUCAAUAUCUUCCUUGGGUAUAGUAAGACAUGGGGAAAUUUAACAAGGUUGUUUAGUCCCAUAGUUAUUGUACCUGUGGUAUGUGUGGUGGGUCUUGGUCUGUUCUCGAGGGGCUUUCCGCUGCUUGCAAACUGUGUGCAGAUUGGAUUACCUAUGCUCAUUCUUCUGGUCAUAACACAGCAGUAUUUGAAGCGCAUUCAUCCAACUGCUCAUCAAGUACUUGAGAGGUUUGCUUUACUUCUCUGCAUUGCUGUCAUCUGGGCGUUUGCUGCCAUCCUUACUGUGGCUGGUGCUUACAAUACUGCUAAAAAACAGACACAAAUGAGUUGUCGCACGGAUCGCUCAUACCUUAUGUCUUCUGCUCCUUGGAUUAAAGUUCCAUAUCCAUUCCAGUGGGGUACCCCCAUAUUCAGUGCUAGUCAUGUCUUUGGGAUGAUGGGGGCAGCACUUGUCUCUUCUGCAGAGUCGACUGGUGCUUUCUUUGCCGCAGCCAGACUUUCUGGUGCAACACCGCCGCCUGCACAUGUGCUCAGCCGAAGCAUUGGGCUUCAGGGAAUUGGCAUGCUGGUUGAAGGCAUUUUUGGUUCUGUUGUUGGUACUACUGCAUCUGUUGAAAAUGUUGGGCUACUUGGUCUAACUCAUAUAGGGAGCAGAAGAGUAGUGCAGAUAUCAUGUGGUUUCAUGAUUUUCUUCUCUAUUUUUGGGAAAUUCGGAGCCUUUUUUGCAUCAAUUCCCCUACCAAUAUUCGCUGCUAUAUACUGUGUCUUAUUUGGUAUUGUAGCUGCUGUUGGGAUUUCAUUUAUACAGUUUGCAAAUAACAAUUCCAUAAGAAAUAUCUAUGUUUUGGGCCUAACCUUGUUUCUUGGGAUCUCAAUACCACAAUAUUUUGUCAUGAACACUGCACCUGAUGGUCAUGGUCCAGUUAGAACAGAUGGUGGAUGGUUCAAUGACAUUUUGAACACCAUAUUCUCUUCUCCCCCAACUGUGGCUAUAAUUGUUGGGACUCUUGUUGAUAACACACUUGAAGCCAAACAUACCGCUGUGGACAGAGGACUGCCAUGGUGGGUUCCUUUCCAGAAUAGGAAGGGAGAUGUUAGAAAUGAUGAAUUUUAUCGCCUUCCUUUAAGAAUAAAUGAGUAUAUGCCUACCAGAUUUCUCUAGAAGUACUAGAUAUAUGCUUGUAUUUAAGGCCUUUUGUGAGCAUAGUUCUUAAAUUUUCAUGUACCUUGUAAAAUAUGGACAAAAAAAUUUCAUCAUCGCUUACCAGCCAAAUUUUACCUUGUGUAAAUGUAUUCAUGUGACAUAGUAAUUCUUUAUAUGUCAUGUUCUUCCAUGCAAAAGUUCACU